AUGGACAAUCACCGAAGCCUUGAAGAUGAUAUGGCUCGUGCGAAACUGAAAAUUCGCAGGCUUGAGGCAGAGCUCACUGUGGAAAACAUCAAAUUGCAAGAACUAGAAUUGAAAGAGAAGCAGCUGGCGCAGUCUCCCGAGAACCCUGGCUCUCCUCGGAUUGAAAUUGAUCUCACGGUCAAGGAGGAGCGUGAGGCGAUCGAUCUUCCAGAUACUAUUGAAGCGACAGAGAAUCUUACCGCUCGACGAGCUAGUAAGAGACCUGCCAGGGACUCUGCCCCGGACGAGGACCCGAGACCAAACAUCCAGAGCGAUCAAGCUCAAGCUUUAAAUCAUCUCAACGAUCAUUUGCCGUCAAACCACGUCGCUCCGUCGCAAGCCGGGGGUGGUCCCUCUCGCACUACGACCGAUACAUCUCGGGGCAAAGCCUACACCGAAGCUCGCCUAUUCAGAGAUUCUUCUCACAAAGGGAAGCCGUGCAAGCAAUGGACAAGACCAAACUGGUGGGCCGCAAUUGGAGCUCGGUUGACCACUGACAGCACAAAGUUGCACGAGACGAUAAUUAAUUGCAAAGAGAGUCACCCAGCCAAAUGGACUCCAUUGGAGUUUCUGCAACGUGCGAGCUACGAGAGCAUCUUGCGACAAGCAGGAUUGUGUGGUUAUGCCGUGACCUCUGAGAUCAAGAUUACUCCACUGGACCUCCGACGUGCCAACGAAAAGUCGCGACGCUACGAGGAAAAAGACGAGUGGUCAAACACCCCCCAAUUCCGGCGUGUCCUGAAGAACGAGAGACUCAGAGAUAUUGGAGGUCUGUACUGGCGCGAGGAAGAGUUGUCCGACAAUUAUGAGGAACACCUGAGAAGCCAUGGCCUGCCCGAUAUCUCAAAUAUUCGCCAUCAUGCAAGUGUCUCGGCUUCUUAUACACCUGCAAGAGUCACGCAGAAGCGGCGACGUGUCUCUUUCGCUGAGGACCAAGCUGAUGGUGCAGAGGUUUCCGACGACAUGAACCGCAGAUCAAAGAGAAAACGUCAACAAAUCGAUUUCAAUCUGGACUUUUCGGAUUUCGAGGAGUCUCCAGAUACAGUUCACGAUGACUGA